AUGGAUCAGAGGGCAGUGUGUGCCGGAUGCCACCGGCUGAUCAGAGACAGAUUCCUGCUCAGAGUCACUAACGGCCUCUGGCAUGAGGAGUGUGUGCGGUGCGCGGCGUGCGGGGACGCGCUCAAGAACUCCUGCUUUCUGCGGGAUCGCAAACUUUACUGCAAGCGGGACUAUGCUGACUUGUUUGCGGUACGUUGUGGGGGCUGUGCGGAGGCAAUCUCUCCCGCAGAGCUGGUGAUGCGUGCAGGGGCAGCAGUGUUCCACCUGCGCUGCUUCACCUGCAGCGUUUGUUGCUGCCGUCUGCAGACUGGAGAUCGCUGCAUCCUCAGGGAGGGACAGCUACUGUGUGCCAGAGAGGACUACCACCAGUGUCUGGCCAGCCCGACCUCCUCUGACACAGAAGAAGAAGAAGAAGAAGAAGAAGAGGAGGAAUCUAGGAGGGUUACAGGCAGACGAGCUAGAUCAGAAGAUCCGGAGAGCAAACGUCCCAAAAGGCCACGCACUAUUCUGACCACUCAACAAAGGCGGACCUUUAAAGCCUCCUUUGAGGUCUCAUCCAAGCCUUGCCGAAAGGUAAGGGAGACCUUGGCAGCAGAGACUGGUCUGAGUGUCCGGGUUGUGCAGGUCUGGUUCCAGAACCAAAGAGCCAAGAUGAAGAAACUGGCCAGGAGACAGCAGCAGCAGCAGCAGGAGCAGCAGCAGCAAACUCAGGAGCAGCUUGAUCGCCCCUCACAUCACACAGCGCCCUCCUGUGGCGGUUUAACCUCUGAGCUGGAGCACCUGGGGUCCUCCUACACCCACAUUCAGCAGCAGCAGCAGCAGCAGCAGCAGAUGGGACUCACCACACUGGAGCAGCAGGAAUAUGACAUGGACCCCUUCAGACAGGGCCUGACCCCACCUCAGAUGCCAGGGGAUCACAUGCACCCCUAUGGUUUCAAGGGUCUGUACGGUGAUAUGGACAGAGACCCUCUGUGUCAUGUGGCUGACAGCGACUGCCUGUCCCUGGGUGACUCCUCUCUGCUCACCCCUAUUGACCGCCUCUACUCCAUGCAGGACUCUUACUUCACCUCCUGAGGGUGGAGGCCGGACUCAGUGAGAAGUGGCGCGUCUCCCUCACUCCACACCGUCCUCUGGCCUCAUCAUUUAUGUCUGUACUUGUGCACAAGGUCGUUGAAGAAGUGGCUGCAAAAUCACAGCCAAGGGGACGUGGGUAAACUGUGAAAUCAUGCAAUAUACCAUGUGCACCUCCAUAUAAACAUGAUUACACUACUGCCUCUUAUGCUUUACAAUCCCACUGUACAACACAGGUUCCUGUGUAUGCACGAUACUGAUGGACCUCUCUCACUACGUUUGAAUGUUAGAUUAUGAGAUCAUAUCUGCAUCUACUAAUGUAAAUAGCU